CGUCAGUGAGCCAUCUUUGUUUGGCCGGCAUAGAGUGUGAGAGCGAACAAGUGAGCGAGCUCGCACCCGUUCAUGUGCACGCGCGCGUGUAUGUGUGUGUGAGCGCGAGCUAUCCAGCAAGCAAGCAGGGACAGGGAGGCAGCAGACGGAUAAGAGCAGCCAAGGCGCGGAGCUUCGCACAGACCACUGAGCUGACCGGAAUUCGAGACACCGAACGACCGGGCAAUUGACACACAGCAAGGCGCCGACAUGUCUGCCCCAGCCGCCGCCCCAGCAGCAGGAGAAGGGGGAGCCCCAGCAGCACCCACUCCGCCUCCCAAUCUGACAAGCAACCGCCGGCUGCAGCAGACACAAGCCCAAGUAGAUGAAGUGGUGGACAUCAUGCGCGUCAAUGUUGAUAAAGUCCUCGAAAGGGAUCAGAAGCUGUCAGAACUGGAUGAUCGUGCAGAUGCGCUCCAGGCUGGAGCAUCCCAGUUUGAAACCAGUGCCGCCAAGCUUAAACGCAAAUACUGGUGGAAGAAUCUCAAGAUGAUGAUCAUCCUUGGAGUGAUUUGUGCGAUCAUUCUCAUAAUUAUCAUUGUGUACUUCAGCACCUAAAUGUGGCACUGCAGCUUGGUUGAGACAACGGCAGGGAGGGCUUACGGGACCAGUAUCACACUGACACCCUUCUCAGCCAUAUCUUCCAGUCCCCUCCCAAUUUCCCUGUACGCAUGUGUGUGUGUGCCUGCGUGUGUGUAUGCGUGUUUCCUGUAAAUAGUCAGGUUUUGUUAUUAAUAUAUAUAGUAUAUAUAUUUUGUUCUUUGUAGAGUUUUAUUAGAAUGUUUAUAAGUGUGUAUUAAUUUUCAACUACAGAUCUACUGCCUAUAUCCCUAGCUGGGUUCAUAUUAAUCUCUAAUUAUGCUGUCCUAAUCACUGUGUAUAUCUGUCUUAAUGGUAUAUUUCACCCUUUCUGUUGCAAAGCAAGAUUUGUGAGUAAGAAAAGGUUUGACCUCACUCCAGCAAAGCUACACUAUGAGGAUUUCAAAUGGAUACAUCUAAAACAAAAACACCAAAAAAAAAAAAAAAAAAAAAAAAAAAAGUCUUAAUUUCUAUAUUGUCUGCCAGCUGAACUGCCUCUUAUGGCUGUCACUGUCUUUUGCUGAUCUACAAGGCCUCAAGAUGGUUUUAUUGAGAUAAUGCACCAAGUUAAAAUAUUUUUUAUAUUUGCUCACAUUCUUGAUUUGCCCCUUUCCUGUCUCUUAUCCUCUCUCCUUGUCUCUCUUUCUCUUUCUCUCACACACCUAGAUGUCUUGGGUUAUUGUAAUCCUGUUGUAGCAAAGGACCAAUGUUUUUAACUUUUUUUGCUGAUAGAAUUCUGUAACAUUCCUUAAGAGUGAUGUUGUAUUUUUUCUCUCAGAAUGAUAUAUAACAUAAUGUUCUCCUAAAACUGAAAUCAAGUAACACUAAAUACAGUGGAGAUGUUUUUUCUUUGAAGAAUAUAUAUCUCAAACUAAGUAUAAAAAUAUAGAAAUAUGCUCUAUGUAUUAUUUUUCUUGAAAUGCCAUUUUUUUUAAUUCAUUGUGCUGUUAGUGAAGUACAGUAUAUUUCUAAGACAGCAGAGGCAACACAUCAAAGUGAGUAAAAAGGGAGAAUAAAAUCCUACAGUAACAUUCCAGUCUACAGCUUUAUAGAAAAAACAAUGGUGUAAUCCACUUUAAAUUGAGAAAAAAAUAGGAUUUAUGGAAGUUUUCCAAAUUUAAUGUUUUGCAAAUCACUGCCUGUCCCUGAGGGUCUGCCCCACGAAUUUUUGGAAGUUAAGAAUUUCCAAACAGUUACUCUCUCGCUGCCUAUUUCUUUUGACAGGCCCCCACCAUUCCAUCUGCAAGGAUAUGUUUGUAGAUCAAGAGGGCACCUUGUGUUGCUCUUUGUCUUACCAAGAAAACCUCUGGGAGAGAGG